AUGGACGAAAGAGAUCCUACCUAUAACAAGUGGACUAAAGAUGCGCUUAUAAGGCGCAUCCAAUACCUGGAGGCAAACCUCCGUGACGGCGGGCAUAAGUCAGAGCCUGCCCAGGGGUCUACCACAGCUACAUCCGCAGACGGGGAUGCGGCCAACCCGCCAAAAAAGAAGAAAGUACCUGGCAAGAUCGACCCGUCAAAAUAUGCGACGCGGCUCGUGGCCUUUAAGUUGGCGUAUCUGGGUAAGCGAUAUGGAGGCUUCGAGUAUGCGGCACAUGCCAACCAGCCAACUAUCGAGGAGGAGCUCUGGAAGGCUUUCGUCAAGACGUGUUUGAUCUUCCCCGAGAAGCCUGACGAAGUCAACUGGGACUCCAUUGAGUAUUCGAAGUGCGGACGUACGGAUCGUGGCGUUAGCGCCUUCGGUCAGGUCAUCGCUGUUCGAGUUAGGAGUAACAGACCUCUCCCUAAAGAGGAGCAACCAGCAGAAGCUAGUCAAGGAGAUGAAAAUAUCGAGGUAGCAGCAGAACCGGGCGUUGAAGCCGAUGAGGUGGAGGAGAAGCGGGAGUUUGAUGACUUCACAGACGAGAUCCAGUACUGCAGGCUUCUGAACAGGAUCUUACCCCCUGAUAUCAGGAUGCUUGCCUGGUGUCCCACCACACCGGAAGAUUUUUCUGCAAGGCACGACUGUUGCGAAAGGCAGUAUAGAUAUUUCUUCACGCAGCCGGCAUUCGCACCGAUACCGCAGAGCCUCGAGAACCCAGCCAACACCUCUCAAAAGUUGAAAGCUGGUUGGCUCGACAUCGAGGCUAUGCGGAAAGCAGCUAAGAAGUUCGAGGGCCUUCAUGAUUUCAGAAACUUUUCCAAAAUCGAUCCGAGCAAAAUUAACGUAAAAUUUCAACGAAGGAUAUUCGAAAGUGACAUAGUAGAGGUGAAGGACGCCGGGGCCGCUCUGCCGUUCUUGGAUAGCGAGGAGUAUAGACCUGCAGGCCUGGACUUGCAGGAGAAGUUACCCAAGGUGUACUACUUCCAUGUGCGAGGGACCGCAUUCCUAUGGCAUCAAAUACGAUGCAUGGCAGCAAUUGUCUUCUCGGUGGGCCAGCGUUUAGAAGACCCCUCGAUAGUAGACAAACUGCUGGAUUUCGAGGCCGAACCACGAAGACCCAAUUACCAACUUGCGGAUGAUGUGCCCCUGGUGUUAUGGGACUGCAAGUUUCCUAGACCGGAGAAGCCCGAGAACGCUCUUAAAUGGGUGUACGUUGGAGAGGAUAACCCCCUGAACCAACACGGCUCACACGGUCUUAUGAGUUCCAUGUGGGAAUACUGGCGAGAGCGGAAAUUGGACGAGCUCCUUGCGGGCCAGCUGCUGAACGUGAUCUCCUCUCAGGCGGAUAUCAGCCUCCGCAAGGAUUCGAAGGCGCCGUUACACGUCCCGGCUACGGUAAAAGCGUUCGAGGGCGGAAAUAAGGAGCGUUUAGCGGGUAGAUACCAACCUGUCUUGCAGAAGCCGAGGGGAGGAUCGGCGGAGGAAGUGUUUGACAGGGAGGCUAGGAGAAAGGGCUACGCAAACGCGGCGGAGUGGAGAGAAGUACUCCUAAAGAAGAAGCAGGAAGCAGGUGCAGAUGAUCUAGAGGAGGGAACUGAAUAG